CCUCUCCUCUCCUCUCUCUCUCUCUCUCCCUUCCGCUCCCUCUCCCUCUCCGCUUUAAAGUCUCAGCCAGGAUCUAGGCUCACAUGUUACUUCCUGUAUGGAAGAAUGGAAAGCUUCCAGCAGCUCCUGCCUGACUGUUCCUCGCCAGCUUGCUCCGGAGCCCCAACUUCUAGCAGCGGGAUGGACUGAGAGCUGCUCCGGGCAGCCCGACUCUUCGCUGCUGCUGGUGCUGCUGUUGCAAGCCCUCGAUUGCUGGGGCUGGGGAGUGGAUUUUGCUACUAUCGCCGCCGCUGCUCUGACUGCUGUUUGCAAUAAUGCCUCCUUCCCUUUGGCCUUGCACGGUGCUGCCCGCAUGAAGGCGAGAGGAGAGAGUCCGAGCCCAGCCGAGGCGCUCGUUAGCCACCGAUCCCCGGCGCCGGCGCUGCUGCUGUUUUUGCGGGCUGGAGGGAAGUUGUGAGCUCUCGGCUCCCGAGUCCCGUCUCCCGGCCCCCUCAUCCUGCUGCCAGCAUUUGCUCCCGAGGCCUGGAGCGGCGGGUCUGCUGAACUCCGGGACUCUUUUAUCUUUGCACACAUACAGAGGCACAAAUUCAGGGCAGAGAAGAGAGAAAGGAAGAGGCUGCGCGCGCGCGCGCCAAUUUGCUAUUAUUAUUUUUAAUAGUGAGGGGCGGGGGGGUUGGUCCAUCGCUUCGGCUUCCCUCUUUUUCUUUUUCGGGUUAACCCCCACCCUCCCCCGCUUUUUCUUUUUUCUUUUUUUUGUUCCAGAGACAGGGCAGGAAAGUGUGCAACUUUUUCAAAAAAAUACUAUUUUCAACAAGUUUCCCACCCCCGCACCUUCUCUCUUAUCUCUCACACACAUCGUAUUUUUUGUUGUUCGUGUAUGUGGAAUCCUCAUCCUUCUGAAUUUUUAAAAAUAUAGUUAAAGAGAGAACCCCCUUCUGUUUGUUUCGAUGUGCGGCUUUGGAGAUGCGGAGGCUACUGCAACCGUGUUGCUGGAUCUUUUUCUUGAAAAUCACCGUCUCCGUGCUCCAUUACGUGGUGUGUUUCCCCGCUUUGACUGAAGGUUAUGACGGCUCCCUGCACGAAAGCAGACAUGGCAGCUCAGUGCAAAUCCGGCGGCGGAAGGCAUCCGGGGAUCUUUAUUGGGCAUACUCAGGUGCAUAUGGUCCUGAGCACUGGGUCACGUCAAACGUGGAUUGCGGAAGAACUCAGCAGUCUCCCAUAGAUAUCGUAGAUCAUCAGGCACAUGUUGGAGAAGAAUAUCAAGAAAUACGCCUGGUUGGUUUUGAUAAUGAAUCCUCUAACAAGACAUGGAUGAAAAAUACCGGGAAAACUGUUGCUAUCCUCUUAAAGGACGAUUAUUUCAUCAGCGGUGCUGGGCUACCAGGCAGAUUUAAAGCUGAGAAAGUUGAGUUUCACUGGGGUCAAAGCAAUGGAUCAGCCGGCUCGGAGCACAGCAUCAACGGAAGGAGAUUCCCAGUUGAGAUGCAGAUUUAUUUCUACAAUCCUGAUGAUUUUGACAGCUUUGGGACAGCGGUCCAAGAGAAAAGAAUAAUAGGAGCCAUGGCUGUGUUUUUUCAGGUCAAUCAGAGGGACAAUCCUGCAUUGGAGCCUAUUAUCCACGGGUUGAAGGGUGUCGUACAUCAUGAGAAAGAGACCUUCUUGGACCCUUUCGUCUUAAGAGAAGUCCUGCCAGCAUCUCUGGGAAGUUAUUAUCGGUAUACAGGGUCACUGACUACCCCUCCGUGCAGUGAGAUUGUGGAAUGGAUUGUUUUUCGCAUGCCUGUUCCGAUCUCUUAUCGCCAGCUGGAAGCGUUCUAUUCCAUAUUUACCACGGAACAGCAAGACCACGUCAAAUCUGUGGAAUACCUGAGGAAUAACUUCCGGCCUCAGCAGAGCCUCAACAACAGGGUAAUUUCCAAGUCUGCUGUGAAGGACGCUUGGAGCCAAAUUACAACCAGCAGCUUCGAAAACCCGCUUGGCACCGAAGCCUCCAAAGUUUGCAGUACUCCGCCUGUCAACAUGAAAGUGCAGCCGGUGAACAGAACCGCCUUGCUGGUGACGUGGAAUCAACCGGAGAUGAUCUACCACCCUCCCAUUAUGAACUAUAUGAUUUCCUACAGCUGGGCUAAAAACGAAGAUGAAAAGGAAAAAACCUUCACCAAGGACAGCGACAAGGACCUGAAAGCCAUCAUUAGCCAUGUCUCACCUGACAUCCUUUAUCUGUUCAGAGUUCAAGCAGUGUGCCGAAAUGACAUGCGCAGUGAUUUUAGCCAGACAAUGCUCUUUAAAGCUAAUACUACUCGAAUUUUUGAAGGCACCAGAAUAGUAAAAACAGGAGUGAAUAAUGGGCAGAAUGGAGUGUUUGGAAAGAAAAGGAAAUCAAAAGGAAAAAAGAGCCGAGGUAGCAUGUCAGGUACCUCUACUGAUGCUCUCUCUGCUGUGUUUUCUUCUCUUGUUCCCCCUGGUGAUUUCUUCAAGCCUACAGCUUCUCCUGCACCAUCAGCCGACAUGGCUCCCAUCAGUUCUGGAUCUUCUACUUGGACUUCCUCAGGCCUCCCCUUUUCCUUUGUAUCUAUGGCCACUGGAAUGGGGCCUUCCUCCAGUGGGAGCCAAGCCACGGUGGCCUCUGUGGUCACCAGCACUUUGCUUGCAGGCCUCGGGUUUAGCAGUAGUGGCAUCUCCUCUUUCCCUAGUACCGUUUGGCCGACUCGCCUCCCGACAUCUGCGUCGACCAAUAAACAGUCGGCCAGGCCCGUCCUCGCCACCACUGAGGCUUUGUCUUCUUCUCCAGCCCCGGAAAGCGAUUCCGCCCUCGCAAAAGACAAUGAAGGGGCAGAGGAUGGGGAAAAGGAUGAGAAAAGCGAGAGCGAGGAUGGGGAGAGAGAGCAUGAAGAGGAGAGGGAAAAGGAUUCGGAAAAAAGAGAGAAAAAUGCUACGACUGAGGCUGCUGAGGUACAGGAUAACACUGAGGCUACAGACACCACUCUUGCUCCCAACAGGACUACAGAGGGAGGGAAUAAAACCAUACCUGAUCAAGGGCAAAGCCAAGACAUUUCCCCAACAGGUAGGAGUCCCGGACAAGAAGGAGAUAUGGAAACAGACUCUCAAUACGAAACAAUCCCUUCCACCCAAGUGCCACCAGCAUACACAAAUGAACAAUACACUCGAGAAAUUCCAAGAAGACCAGACACAGCAUCAACAACACCCUUACCAAAAGACAACAGAUUUAUUACCAUUUAUCCAGCAGACAAGAAUAUUUCCAGUAUGGCAACCAGACCUGCUACUGGCAAAAUGGAAUGGAUCAUUCCCCUCAUUGUAGUCUCAGCCUUGACGUUUGUGUGCCUCAUACUCCUUAUUGCUGUUCUUGUCUACUGGAGAAAAUGUUUUCAGACAGCCCAUUUCUAUGUGGAAGACAGCAGUUCGCCUCGAGUGGUGCCAAACGAAACCAUUCCCGUUAUUCCCAUCCCAGAUGACAUGGAAGCUAUUCCUGUCAAACAGUUCGUUAAGCAUAUCAGUGAACUGUACACCAACAACCAGCAUGGAUUCUCAGAAGACUUUGAGGAAGUGCAGCGUUGUACAUCCGACAUGAACAUCACCGCUGAACAUUCCAAUCACCCCGACAACAAGCACAAAAACAGAUACAUCAACAUUUUAGCAUAUGAUCACAGUAGAGUGAAGCUAAGACCUUUGCCGGGAAAAGACUCGAAGCACAGUGACUACAUUAAUGCCAAUUAUGUUGAUGGUUACAACAAAGCGAAAGCCUACAUUGCCACCCAAGGACCUUUAAAGUCUACAUUUGAAGAUUUCUGGAGAAUGAUUUGGGAGCAAAACACUGGAAUUAUCAUCAUGAUUACAAACCUUGUGGAAAAAGGAAGAAGGAAAUGUGACCAAUACUGGCCAUCAGAAAACAGUGAAGAAUAUGGCAAUAUCAUUGUCACAUUGAAGAGCACAAAAAUACAUGCUUGCUAUACAGUCCGCCGCUUCACAAUCAGGAAUGCAAAAAUGAAAAAGGGGAACCCUAAAGGACGACAGAAUGAAAGGACGGUCAUUCAGUAUCACUACACACAGUGGCCCGACAUGGGUGUGCCUGAAUAUGCACUGCCAGUGCUGACGUUUGUAAGAAGAUCCUCUGCAGCCAGGACUGCUGAGAUAGGCCCAGUGGUUGUGCACUGCAGCGCUGGGGUUGGCAGGACUGGUACCUACAUUGUUAUAGACAGUAUGCUGCAACAGAUAAAAGACAAAAGCACAGUUAACGCCCUGGGUUUCCUGAAACACAUCAGGACGCAGCGCAACUACCUCGUCCAGACAGAGGAGCAGUAUGUUUUUAUUCAUGAUGCCUUGUUGGAAGCCAUUCUUGGGAAAGAGACUGAAGUUUCUGCUCACCAGCUACAUAGCUAUGUUAAUAGCAUUCUCAUACCUGGAAUUGGAGGAAGGACUCGGCUAGAGAAACAGUUCAAGCUGGUUAUGCAAUGCAAUGCUAAAUAUGUGGAGUGCUUCAGUGCUCAGAAGGACUGCAACAAAGAAAAGAACAGAAACUCAUCAGUUGUGCCAUCUGAACGAGCAAGGGUGGGACUGGCACCAUUACCUGGAAUGAAAGGAACUGAUUACAUUAAUGCCUCUUAUAUUAUGGGUUACUAUCGGAGCAACGAGUUCAUCAUUACACAGCAUCCCCUGCCACACACAACUAAAGAUUUCUGGAGAAUGAUCUGGGAUCACAAUGCACAGAUCAUUGUCAUGCUUCCGGAUAACCAGAGCUUUGCAGAGGAUGAAUUUGUGUACUGGCCAAGUCGAGAAGAAUCCAUGAACUGCGAGGCAUUUACUGUGACCCUUAUCAGCAAAGACAGACUGUGCCUCUCUAAUGAGGAGCAGAUCAUCAUCCAUGACUUUAUCCUUGAGGCUACCCAGGAUGACUAUGUUUUGGAAGUACGCCAUUUUCAGUGUCCCAAAUGGCCAAACCCAGAUGCCCCAAUCAGCAGUACCUUUGAGCUUAUCAAUGUAAUCAAGGAAGAGGCCUUAACAAGAGAUGGCCCCACCAUUGUUCACGAUGAGUAUGGAGCAGUGGCGGCUGGAACAUUAUGUGCCCUUACCACCCUGUCCCAGCAGCUGGAGAAUGAAAAUGCUGUUGACGUUUUCCAGGUGGCAAAGAUGAUCAAUCUGAUGAGGCCUGGAGUAUUUACAGACAUUGAGCAGUACCAAUUUCUUUACAAAGCAAUGCUAAGCCUGGUCAGCACUAAGGAAAACGGAAAUGGCCCCAUGGCACUGGACAAAAAUGGUGCUGUUAUGGCCAACGACGAAUCAGAUCCUGCAGAAAGCAUGGAGUCUCUUGUCUAAUUGGAAUAUUGAAAAGGCACUUAAUUUGUGGAAUUUCUGAAGACUGAGUAAACUUUUUUGAGGCCUUUUUUGCCAGACUCUAGGUUAUACAAUAACCCAGUUACUUUUUUACACUGAUAAAAGUUUUGAUAUUUAUUUUUGCCAUUUUAUGUCUUAAUGGUAUCCUACUGAGCAUUUGCACCUCUUGUUUAUUUCACACAGUGAAACGCAAUUUUAUCUAGUUUGCACUAUAUGAUCAGUGUUAACUGCCUAUAAAGUUGUAAUACAAAAACAAGCAAGCAAACAAACCCUGAUGUGACAUUCCAUGACAACAAAACAUGCUACUUUUUAGUUGAAAUGCCAUGAAGUUUUGUUAAUUACUAUGAGCCUUGACUCUAAAGUCUUGAAUGCUAGACCAGAAGGAUUCUUUUUGUUUUACAAGAACAGUGCUGUACUCUAAACAUACUCCAAUGUUUAUUAAUUUUCAUAUAACUUCGGUAAUCAUUAUAGGUCUUCUGUAUUCCAGUAACAUGGAUGAGUGUUUUUUUUUUUCUUGUUUGACAAAGUAGUGUGGUGAUCACUAGCUACACUGAAGUGCAGUAGCACCCAGAGGUCAAAUAGCUGGUCUGCAUUGUUUGAAUUGCUCCUCUCGGCUACAUGGAAGCCUAGGAAUUGCUUUCCAUGUCACAUACUAAAUUACAUUCCCGAAACACUGAGCGAAUCAAAUCUUGAGUUUUGACCUCAGUCUUUGGUUUUACAACUUCACUGAUUCCCCAGAUUUUCGCAAUGACAUUUCAGUAUGGGAAAAUAUUUUGAGCAUAUUGCCACCACAGACAAUUUAGUAAUCAACAAUAUACUACCAGAUCAUUUUAUUCCAAAAGCAUUUAGGUCACAAUUUCCCAAUUAGUAUUCACCAUUUUAAACAUAUAUUUCCUUCAUUCUUCUGGAACAGGAUUUCUAUCUUGACAAUAUGUUGCAGGAUGGCAAAAGGAAUUUCUUAAUUUCAUAGCUGUUAGAUGCUGUUUUUACUGGUGUGUAAUUUUCAUACUUUACUGCUAAAACGUACUGAUCCAUAUUACUGGUGAAACGAUCUAAUAAAAAAAACUACCUAUAAGAUUACACUCUUCCUUUUUUUUUUAACCAAAUUAAUUUUUUAGCAUACAUCUCCUUAGUUCAUCAAUCCAUUCCUAUAUAUUAUACAUUUCUGUAUAAUACAGAAUAAUAUACUGUCCCUGUUACUUCAGGCAGCCACUUAAUCUAUUUCAAACUUAAGAAAACCCAUUUCCACUCAUUAGCUUUACAUUUAAGCCUCUGUUUUGAAUAACUUAAAACUGCUCUGCUUUCCAAACCACUUUUCUGUGCAGCUCAUUUCAGCAUGGAUGGUCCCCUUGCACUGCUUUUUAUCUACACUGUAAGAAUGGGGAAAUGAAUUAAAUUCUGAUGAGGUGCUUGGUUACAUGGCCCAUACCAUCUGUGGUCAUUGUAAAUAAGCAGUGAAUGCCCACAGGAGGAAGAUUACAGAGUGGACCUUGCUAGUAUAAAAUUCAGUAUAAUUGGCAAACUGGUUUUAAUGACUAAAAUGUAUAACUUACGUUAAGCUACCCCAAUUACUUUAUUGUGCUCAUGUGAUCUUGGUUUGUCCUUGAAUCAGUUUGUUUAAAAUGAUCCCUUCUUGUCUGAAUUUACUUUACUAUGCCUCCAAUUCAAAAUAAUGAGAAGAACGUGCCUACAUGUAAAAACAGGUUCCUGCCAGUUAUAUCUGUACUAGCUGUCAAUGGUAGAAGUGGCUAUGUGCAUGUCUGAGGGAAUCCAGGGUAAACCAACAGAGACACUGGUCUACUUGUCAUUAAGAUGGUAAAUUGAAUAGUCCCCUAGGCAAAAAAGCCAUGCUAAUAGAAAAUUAGAUGUCAGGUAGAGGUGUUCUAGCUUAGUCUCCUUCUUGACAUCUAGUUCUGCAUCUGAACCACAAAUUUGAUAGGUUUGCUACCUUGGUGAGAAUUCACUGUGUGCUAGGGCUUCAUAGCACCACCUUUACUAGCUCCUCUAUUUAAAAAGCCACUGAAAAUUCUAACAUUUGGUAGGAACCAAAAGGCACCAUCACUAUAUAGCCAGAAGCCAGCCCCACUGAGUCUAAUGGGACUUACUCCUUGGUAUUCAUAUAGGAUUGUAGCUUUAGGGAAUUAUUUGCAUGCAACAGUCACUACUACAAAUGUAAGAGUUGCUAUGCAAAUAUUUGGUAUUUGCAAUGUACAGCCAGGCUGCUGCUGGUGCCUCAAUACUGCAGGGCAAAACCACUUCUUUCUUUGGAUGAUGAUUUCCAGCGUUUUCUCUCCAAAUGUAUGGGAAAGUAAAUUAGGGCAUUAAAUAUUUAUUCAAAGUAAAAUGUACAAACAUUUAGGAAAUGCUGGUUCCAUUGAAAAAACAAUGGAACUGCCAGCUUAUAAUGUUGACAGAAUGUCCUAUUGUUUUAUAGAUUUCUUCAUCCAUAGAAAAGAGAGAAAUCUAGUUUGUGCCAGCCACACAUUCGAAACACUUCGCCACUAAACUUAAAAUAAUCUGGAUGACCUUAACCCUUAAGUUGAAGAGUUUGAAGUGGUUUUUAUUGACACAAGUUGAUGCAGGUAUAUUUGUCUCCUGCUCUGACAGCAAACUAAUUCAAGUAUCAUAUUCUUAAACAAAUGCCUAUUUCUUUAGAGUAUUGUCUCCUAAAAUGUAAAGGUCUCCUAAAAGGGUGUGAAAAUAAAUGUCCAGCAAAGCAGGAGAAACUAUCCAUCGAUGUAACAGCUGCUCCAAAAUUCAUCCAUGAAGCUGUUGUUUGUAAACACACAAUUAAGUGCCUCUCACACGUUGCUGUCCACUUUAAAUUUGCAGUUGAAAUUAUUAAUGUGGCAUUAGAGAAAGUAGGGUCCAAAACCACAAGAAGAUCCUGAUGGUAAUUGCAUUGAAGAGCCUCCUCUGUUACAGAGAUGGAUGAGGCAGCACCAUCUGAGCUCCAUGUACAUAUCAGAACCAUCCAUGCACUCUAGAGCUGCUGGAAAAGGACUCUGGGUUCCGCAGUAAAUAAACUACAUUAAGUGAAGCUCACCAGAGAGGGGCCUAAGUUGCCCACUGCAUUGUGUAGAUUUAAGACUGACUAUCCAGAAGCUGCACUUCACUUUAAAAACCCAUUUCAAGUUACACCAUCUGUACUGCUUCUGCUUUGACCAAGAGGCAUACUGCUUGGCUUGGCAUCAGGGACUGUAGUGCUUCCAUUGCUGGCAAUGGGCACUGCCUUCAGAAAAUUACAACUUUUGAGCAUGAGACGAACUUUGAUCACUUCACAUCCAAAAUUUUGUGGCAAGAAAUGACUGGUUCAAAAAGUAAGAGGUGUGUGGUGUGUAUGUUUCCCCCCCCCAGGUUUAGUUGGAUUUGUUGGUAGCUUUUCAUUUGAGUCUGAAUUUGUGGAGGAGAUACUACAGAGGGAAAUGAAUGUGUUUUGGCAAGACUGCCUGGCAGCACUUAAGCCAGUUCCUGAAAAUGUGUACCAAGUUGUACAAGUGUGUUUUUCGGUGUGGAUUUUAAGACAAAAUUAGACCAGUAUAGCUGAAGUUGGAUGGUUUGCAAAGCCAAUUCCAUGUGAAUUCCAGCUCUUCUUUAAUAUUUACAGGAUUUUGUCCACAGGUGCAUAACUCGAUUUAAUGAUCAAUUGCUUUGUUUUAAUUAGUUCACAUGGGAAUCAGGGUGUAUUCUUAAUGCUGCAGUCAGCAGGUAAAGAGGGGAAUAACAAGAUAUGUUUGGGAAGAAGGGUUUGAUGUUUCAUGUGAAGUUCAAGUUACAAAGUGUAAAUUUGCUAUGACAUGAAAAGCUGCAAUUUUGAGGUUGCAGCUGUCGUUUUGUUCUGAAACAAUCCUAUUGACAUGAGCCACAACUCAAAGGCGUUUGGGCCACACCAGAUGUGACAUUGAUUGCAUGAAUGCAAUCGACAUAUUGUUUUUAUUAUGCAAAUACCAACAACCAAGGAGAAACCUAAGCAGCCGUCAGACCUUAUGGGGUGGGAAGGAGGAGUUCAACUUUUUCUCUCCCUGCCAAAGUCAUAUGAGCAGCAGUUGGCGCAGCAGUUUAUGAGAAGUUAAUUUUUGUCAGAACCAUGGGAGGGAGAGAGUUUAACUCUCCAUUCCCAUCAACCCCUCCCCGUUUUAGACGUUAUUUACUCUUCUCGUUGGCUGCAACAAAAAUGUGCACAUUAUUUGUAUUUCUGCAAUUAAGUCAGUAGUUUGGCCCUUAAUCAGGACUUACAUCCCAGUGAAUUAUUUGGAACAAGUUAGUCAUUUGUGUCCUAUUUAUGUUCUGCCUUUCUACCCUGCUUAAGGCAUUGGGUCUUGCAUCUGUUUAUCCAAGGAAUAUUGUAGUAUUGCUUAUCAGUGUAAGCUCUGAAUUUAUAUUAACAGAUCAGUGGGCUCAGCAGUCUAAUGAAAUACUGCCAUUGGUCUUUUCUGUUAGAUUCACAUUGGCUAUACUUCAUUGUAGAGGAGAGGAUAUCCUUCUGGUGAAACCUGAAUUUUGAUUCAUUUAUAAACAUGUCAUUUUCAAUAUUAGCAUUUUGAAAGAAAUGCACUUGUAAAAGACUGAUGCUUGUAUAACCUGUCUUUGCUAAUGUGGUCUGGAAACAAAGAGAACAUGGGAUUGCAAUAUGGAUACUCUGAAACAAAUUGCCUCGUAUGUUUGGCCAUGAAAAUCAAUGCGUAUUUAUGUAUCGAACCUUCAUCUAAAGGAAGGGUAGUGCCGUUGGCAUUCCCAGUCUACAGCCUUAGUACUGCAAAUACAUGCUUUGCUUUGUACUUCUUGAGUAUGAUAGUUGAUAUGAAAAGUCACUUUGCAUAGAUUAAGUUCAUCACACAUGAAUAGUGCAGGAGGUAAACCAAAACUUUUAUUUUGAAACAAAUUAUCCUUUAGCAUUUCAGUGUGUCUGAUCAAACUCUGAAUGCAAACUAUCAUGCGGCAAAAGAUGUGGGUGCAUGUGGCACAUGUGCACACCUCUGUGUAAGAAAUACAGACUUUUAGGGUCCAUUGUAGAGCUAGUGGAGUUGCAAUCAGAUGAGCAAGGUUUUAAUUGAAAGAUUCAUUGGAACGCUACCAAAAUGCUAUCCCUUUUUAAUGACAUAGCACAAUGAUCUUGUUAUAAAUAUGAUUUCUUGUAAACUGCUAUUGUAUUUUAAAGUAGAGAUAUCAAUUUUACCAAAGAAACAUAAUACUAAUUAUUAGCAAAAAAUAAUGGAAAAUUUGAAGAAGAAGAAAUAAGGAAAGUAUAGUUACGUUGCAGGGCAAUUGUAUGCAUGUUUGGUUGGAAGUCAAUCCCAUUGUGUUCAAUGGGGCUUAGUUCCAGGUAAUGUGUGUAUAGGAUUGCACUGUUAAUGACUUAGCAGUCAUUCUCUCAAAUUCAUUCUCUUCUGCCACCCACUCCUGUGAUACAUGGUUAUGUUCAAAUAGUGCCAGUGAAUUUUAUAUGAAGGGGAAAUGCCUCAUUGCUUAUCCACUGCAUUUCUUUUCUUUUUGAGAUGUAAUUCUCCAUCCUUACAUGUCGAUUCUUGAGCUUUCUCUCUUGAUUGCCAUUAUAAGUACCGUAAUGCAUACUACAUUAGCUUUGCUUAUCUGUAUGGGGAAGGCAUGCAAAACAAACAGGGAGAGUACACAGAGAAACUGUAAUGAAAAGACUUGGCCUCGACAUUGUCUUAGCUGUUCAACUGUUUUUAGUAUUUUUGUUAGAUAUUUGCAAAGGGAAGCCUUUUCUACAGAGGAUAAUUAAUUUCAAGAAAAAAUGUCUUGAGUUUUAAGAAUAAACAUGUCUCCAAAAGAGGAGAUAGUCAAUUUUAUAAAAUGUCACAACUCUCCAACAUUUGGGGUAGUGACCUUUCUUUUUUUUGUUAGAACCUUUGAAACUAGCAAGCAGCCAUUGUUUCUAAAGAACUAAGUAUUCAUCUCUAUCCAUUAUUUUCAUUUCCUUCAUUUUUAAAUAGCAGAAAUCAUUAAAACUGUAAAUAUUUUGUUGCUUGAAUAAGCAUAUUCUGGGAACUUUGUAUCUAUGGUAUAUAAUCAUAGAAUUUUAUAUUUUCAUAUAAAGCUAAUUUUUUUCUAGUUUCAACUUCUUCAUGGUUUUUUUUUUCCUUUUGUGGUGGAUAUGUGAAUACAUACUUUAUGUGUAUUGAAGUAGUGAAAUGCCAUCACAUUCCAAAAAGAAUUCAACACAUGUUAUUCUUUGGGACAGUGAUUGUUGAUGCUGGAUUUUCUUUAAAUUCCAUUGUCAGUGUGUGCAAUAGGAAUUAGACUUAACCAGUCACUGGAUAAGUUUGUCUCAUUGACCCAUUGGGGAAAUGUGGUGUUUGGUUUGGGGGGAGUUAUUAAUUUUUUUGUUUUCUGUUCUUCCUUUUUGUAACUUGAAGAAUUUCCUUUUUGUUAUGUUUUAAAAGUAUAUCAAAUCAUUCUAUUAUAGUGUUAUUUAAUAUGUAAAUUGUAUUGCUAUACAUAAAAUAAAGUAUGGUUUUUGAUGUA